AUGGGUUUAUUGGAAAAGAAAAUAUGUUCGCUCUUGGGAAUUGAGGAUGAUGUUGUUGCUGAAUUUAUCGUUGAAAUUCACUCUAAAUGCUCUGGAUUGAAAGAAUUUCAAGAUAAGAUAGCUGAACUUGAUGGUGGUGUGGAUUCGGACACAGCGUCCAUUAUCCAUGAUAUUAUAACAGGGCGAAAUCAUGAUCUGAAAACUGAUUUCGAUAAUUCUCCUGGUUUGAAAGAUCUGCUGUUAAUGAAAGAGCAAGUGGCUAACAUUCUUCGAGACAGUAUUGGAAGCGAUGACCCCACAGUGGUAGAUUUUAUGAUCGAUAUAUGUUCAAAGAGUGAAAGUUCCAGAGAAUUUCAAGAAAAAAUGACCAACAUGGACACCGGGCUAUCUAAUGAGACAGUUGAUAAAAUAUAUGAAUGUGUAUGGGAUACUGCAAAUGCGGCGGCCAAGUUCGAUGUUCUGGGUAUGCCUAACGAGAAAGUGAACUGGGAUGACUUCAAAGAAUCUGAAGUCAAAAGAUCUUUGAGCCAGAAUCGUAAUUCACAGCUACCUAUUGCUCAAGAUUCUGAGCCCAUUAUAAACAAGAUAUAUGAGGGUGUGGUGAAAAAUAUAACAGUAUUUGGUUGUUUCGUUAGAAUAUUGGGCGUUCGGAAUACUCGCUUGGACGGACUUGUCCAUAUAUCUGAGCUCAGCAGUCAUAGAGUCGAUAAAGUUUCCGAUGUUGUAUCCACUGGCCAGCAUGUGUUCAUUAAAGUUAUUCGCAUUCAGAGUAAUGGCAAGAUAUCACUGAGCAUGAAAAACGUCAACCAAACAACUGGUGUUGAGGAGCAGAUUAGCCGCGGUAGGAACUUGAGAAAGCCAGAAAUCAAGCGUAGAAAGCUAACAUCUCCAGAACGAUGGGAAAUCAGACAACUUAUAGCAAGUGGCGUUGCUUCGAUAGAUGAUUAUCCUGAACUUAAAGAAGAAUUGGAGCAAAAUUCGCAAACUACUAAAAGACCUGAUCCAGAAAUGGAUAAUGUGGAAAUUGAACUAAACACCGAUGAUGAGCCCAAAUUCUUAAAGGGCCAGAAUGAGCACGAAAAUCGUUAUGAAAUGCCAACAAUAACAAAAGUUCCGAAGGGCUCGCUCACUAGAACAGCCAUCGGAGGUUCUCAAAUCAUGAAAGACCAUAGAGACGAGAAGUUGAGAAGGAAAAGGGAGCUCGAACAGGAAAUGAGGAAAACGGCAAAUCCUGAUGACCCAGCUUCAAAGCCUAGCUCUUACAAGUCGCAGCAGAUGGCGCUGACUGCCUGGGAGCGUACAAGAAAUAGAGAACAAAUAUCUUAUGGUAAAAGAACGAAUCUUCCCAUGAAGGAACAGCGUGAAUCACUUCCAGUCUUUGGUAUGCGCCAGCAACUAAUUGAAGCGGUUGAGAAGAACAAAUUUCUUGUAAUUGUUGGGGAGACAGGGUCAGGCAAAACCACUCAAAUAACGCAAUAUCUAGAUGAAGAGGGGUUUAGUGCGCAUGGCAUGAUUGGAUGUACUCAACCUCGGAGAGUUGCAGCCGUUUCGGUGGCAAAGCGUGUAGCCGAAGAAAUGGGCUGUCGAGUUGGUGAAGAUGUUGGCUAUACAAUAAGAUUUGAAGAUGAAACUUCUCCGAAAACGAGAAUAAAAUAUAUGACAGAUGGUAUGUUGCAAGUAGAAGCACUUAUGGACCAGCUUAUGACAAAAUACUCUGUGAUAUUGUUGGAUGAGGCACAUGAGCGUACUAUUGCUACAGAUGUUCUAUUCGCGUUACUGAAAAAUGCCGCCUUGAAGAGAUCAGAUCUUAAGGUUAUAGUUACCUCUGCAACAUUAGACGCCGAGAAAUUUUCCAGUUAUUUCAUGGAUUGUCCAAUUAUUCAAAUUCCCGGAAAAACUUUCCCUGUGGACGUUUUAUAUUCACAAACGCCUCAAAUGGAUUAUAUUGAAAGUGCACUUGACACUGUAAUGGAAAUUCAUAUCAAUGAGGGGCCAGGUGAUAUUCUUGUAUUUUUGACAGGUCAAGAGGAAAUCGACACAUGUUGUGAAAUUUUAUAUGAAAGAGUCAAAACUUUGGGAGAUAGUAUACAACAGCUGCUGGUUUUACCGGUAUAUUCUGCCCUGCCGAGUGAAAUACAAUCGAAGAUAUUUGAACCCACGCCAGAUGGCUGUCGGAAAGUUAUAUUUGCUACUAAUAUCGCAGAAACGUCCAUUACUAUUGAUGGUAUCUAUUAUGUUGUUGAUCCAGGAUUCUCGAAAAUCAAUACCUAUAAUCCUCACAUUGGUAUGGAACAAUUGGUUGUUUCUCCAAUUUCUCAGGCCCAGGCUAAUCAAAGAAAAGGUCGUGCAGGCCGUACAGGCCCCGGAAAAUGUUUUAGACUCUAUACCGAAUCGGCAUUUCGCAAUGAAAUGUUACCGAACACAAUUCCUGAAAUUCAGAGACAGAAUCUGUCUCACACUAUCUUAAUGCUUAAAGCAAUGGGUAUCAAUGACCUUCUGCAUUUUGAAUUUAUGGAUCCGCCACCACGGGGCUCGAUGUUCAGUGCUUUGGAAGAUCUCUAUAAUCUGCAAGCCCUGGAAGAGAAUGGUGCUUUGACAAAAUUAGGGAAGCAAAUGUCGCUCUUCCCAAUGGAGCCAGCUUUGUCUAAAACCCUGAUCGCAUCUGUUUCGAACAACUGCUCUGAGGAGAUAGCUAUUAUCAUUUCUAUGCUGUCAGUACAAAAUGUCUUUUACAGACCAAAGGAUAAGCAACAAGAUGCGGAUAACAAGAAGGUACGAUUCCACCAUCCGUAUGGAGAUCAUCUGACGUUACUGAACGUCUAUAAGCGCUGGAAAGAAAAUAACUACUCUAAAGCAUUUUGCACCAACAACUAUUUGCACGAACGUCAUCUGAGAAGAGCGAAAGAUGUCAUGACGCAGUUGAUUUCCAUCUUCAAAAAACUGCAUCUUCCUAUCGUCAGUUGCUAUGGGGAUUUAGAUCUGGUACGCAAAACCCUCGUAUCUGGCUUCUUCAAAAACGCGGCAAAGAGAGAUUCACAAGUUGGAUACAAGACUAUCUCUGAUGGAACGUCAGUUAGUAUACAUCCUUCAAGUGCACUUUUCGGGAAAGACCAUGAGUAUGUCAUAUACCACAGUUUAGUUUUAACUUCAAGAGAGUAUAUGUCUCAUGUGACUGCCAUUGAUCCUCAAUGGCUAGUGCAAAGCGCACCUCACUUUUAUAAAGUUGCAGGUGCAGACAGCGAGAAUAGGAAAAGGGCCAAAAUCGCUCCACUUCACAAUAAGUUCUCAAGAGAUCAAGACUCUUGGAGAUUGAGUUCAAUUAGACAGACUAAAGAAAAGGCUUUAGGCAUCAGAAGGUGA